AUGGAUAUUGUGCUAUUUACUGAAACAAGGUUUAACUCCUCAGACACUGACGAUAUAUACAACAUUGAUGGCUACAGGUUGUUCAGAAAUUAUGUUUCCCAAGGUACGGGUCCAGGACGUCCAUACGGUGGAACAGCUGUUUAUAGCCGAGUUCCUUUACAACAAGGAUACCUUUAUGCUCACAACGUCAAUGGAAUCGAGUUUACAAUUAUUAAAACAGAAAGUAAUCCGCAUCUAAGUAUAAUUGGAGUAUAUCGUUCACCCAAUAUUGAUAUAUCACGUCAACUGUCUUCACUACGUAGCGUACUUGAUGAAGAUUCUUCUGCAUUAUAA